AUGGCAACCCAAGACGAAAUCCAGCGAGAAAUGGAUUCAAUUCGCUCUAUGAAGCGGAUAUCCUCGCAAUCUGGUCCUGGUUCUCUUACCCUCGACCCAGACCUCCCGCCCCAAUCGCCAUCGGGCAGCUCUGUCUCCCCCGGCAAUGCAGGGCGUCUAUCUCCCACAAGCCACUAUGCGAAUCUACCUGCAAUUGCUGGUUUGAAUCUUCCUGUCACGGGCGGUACUGGCGAACUUGUUCCUCCCCCUGUGGGCGAUGAUGAUCUGGUCAUCUCGGGUAGCACCGGUGGCAGCUUUUUCUGGGUUCCAGCGUCCUUGCAUCCAGAGCUUGCGCCGAGCGAGUUUAAAGCGUUUCUUCGUGAUCAUAUGCGAGAUGCUGAAGAAGGCGGAGAUGAUGCCCAAAACUCGGCUGCUGGAGUUGGGAGGGUAGGCAGCAUCGGUCUUCGUCGCUCGAGCUCGGGCUUGUCGCGAAGCUCGUCUGGCCUUGGCCGAAGAGGCAGUAUGCUUAGUCGACAGUACCAACCAAAAGAUGGCGACGACGAAGCUGAUGACAAACCAGAGGAGAUUAAACCAAUGAGGAAGAGGAGUGUAUAUGCCAAUGCUGAGCCUCAGCUCACCAUCAAGGACCUCCAAAAGCUGGACGAUUUGGCUGAUGCUGCCGCUGCUGGAAAGGGCGGUGAGGCGAGCCGUAUUCGCAGCCAGCUACGGCGGAGCAUUAGCCUUGGAUUCCCGCAGGGUACCAGCAUCGGACCCAUCGAAACUGUCCCAGAGGACGAGGAGAAUGCUCCCGUUAUAGUACCGGCAAAGGCUCUCCAACGUACCGCGCGAACUCGCAUUCGAAAGCCUGGAUUGGAGGGUGAUGGAAAUGGACAUCGAUUCCCAUCUGCUAGUAGACGCGGAAAGCGCGGAAAGACAAUGGACGCGAGCAUGUCGCAUAGAGCGUUUGAUGAAACCGGUCGCCCGACCAGUGACCUUACCGAACGCACAUCUCUCAGCGACCAAGAGGGCGAGCCCUAUCAGCGUCCUCAAGCGCCUAGCCCAGAUGCCCUCGACGAAACGGACGCGAUGAAGAGGCCUCGAUUCGCUGGCAGAGAGGAGGAAAGGCCAGUGAGCCAGACCGAAUCGUUCUACGACGCAUACAUUGGCGAUAGCCAGGACAGCACAUACUACGAGGCUAGGGAAAGUGGCACCUACGAGCCAGAAGAACCACAGCGAGUGACGAGUGCAGGUUCAUAUGACCGAGGAGGUGCUCUGUUCGAUACAACAGACGAUGAUGAGCCGUUCUUCGCAGCAACUCCUUCGCAUAUAGAGGCCGUCAUGGGAAUGUCUCCGCAGCCCGUGUCUGCGCCUACUGUCGUCCUUCGCCCGCACUCACCGGAGCGAGCUGCGGAACACCUUCCGCUCAGCCAACGAAGUCCACCCGCGAGCAUCGAUCCACGGAAUCGACUCCAAGCUCUUCCUUCGUUUGUCAAGGAGUAUGGGUAUCAGGCACAAUAUGGCCAGUCGUUGCCUGCUAAUCAAACCCAUCAACAGCAGCAACACCAACCGCAACAGUCAUCUGUCAUCCAGCAACCAACACCCAAGCGACACCUAGAUGUCCCAGCUACCAAUCAACAGAGUAUCUCACCACCCUCCUCACCAGAGCUCGUUCGCUCCCCUUCUGUCUCUCCUUCAGCGGAGAUUCCUUCUCCUUACAAUCGUCCAUACAGCGCUCCUCCAGUUACCUCCGAGAGGCCGUCUUCAGCCGAUAAAAAGAUGGAAAAGGAGAAGGAGAAGAAACGUGGUCUCUUCGGUCUAGGCCGAAGUAAAGACAAAGACAAAGAGAAAGAAAAGGAGAAGGAAAAGGAAAAGGAGAAAGAAAAAGAGAAGAAGGACAAAGAGACGCUAAAGAAACAAAAGAAGGACAAGGCAGACGCAAAGGUUGCGGCAAAAGAGGAAAAAGAGUCGAGCGGCGGUCUCUUUGGAAUCGGAAUCUUUGGCGGCAAGAAGAAGCAGGAGGACCCGUCUUCGAACGCCUCGAAUGCGCAUCCGAACGCACCUCAGGCGCGUAGUGCUGGUCACAAGGGACAGAUCAUGAUGUUUGGUGCGACACCACCUACCCUUCCUGGCCAGUACGCCCGCUACCCGCUUCAUGUCGAACGCGCGGUCUAUCGCCUUAGCCACAUCAAGCUUGCGAAUCCCCGACGGCCUCUCUAUGAGCAGGUACUCAUCUCGAACCUCAUGUUCUGGUACCUUGGCAUCAUCAACAAACCUGCAACACCACCAGCCGAACAAAACAAGCUUCCAUCUCAGGGAGCGGAUGGUGCAAGUCCUGCCCCUCAAAGUGGAACUGCACAACCUGCAACUACUGGUAGCCUUGCUGGAAUGUCUCCUGCUCAACAAGCAGCCAUCGCUCAAGCAGCUAUGGCUGCUAAUGCCGCCGAAGCAGCCAGGCUUGAGCAAGAGCAACGUGAGAAGGAACAAAAGGAGCGUGAAGAGCGAGAGGCCCGAGAGCGCGAAUUACAGGAAAGAGAGCGAAGGGAACGUGAGCAGCGUGAGCACCUUGAACGCAUGGACCGCGAACGCGCCGAGAAAGAGCGAGAAAAGGCUGCUAAAAAGGCCGGUUUGACCAAGGGAGACCGAGAGGGUCGCACACGAAAGGCGGAAACGCCUGUGCGGACGCCAAAUUAUGAUGUUCAAAGCAUGACGAUGGAUAAUGGCUAUGGCUGGGAACAAGACCGAGCGCGAGGAUCUGGUCGUCCAAGCACUGCACCGUCCAGUUCGUCGAGAUCUCAACCUUCGUCCCCUCAGCACACAGCUUAUCAUCUUCCAGUGCGAGUGCAGCAGCAGAGGGUUGGUAAUGGACCUCAGCAGCCGUACUUCCAUCAGCAAGAUAUGAACCAAGUCGUCUAUCAACCCAUCAAUCCGUAUGCUCUCCCUCCGGGUGCGAAGCCGCCUGCUCAGGUUGAAAACUCGUGGGCUGUCAACUCGGGUGUGGCUGCAGGACUUGAGAGCUCUCGAAGCUCGCCGCCUCCGAACCAGUAUACGUCAGAUGAGCGACCUCGACCGAUGCGUAGUCCACCUCCACAGGAAUAUCUCUCAAAUGGGGCAGCAGGUAGGCCAACUCGAUCUCUUUCCGCCACUGCGACCAAGGGACCUGCAUCGUCGAACCAAUCCGGCAGGCAAGAAUAUGAUCGCCCACUACACCAACCCUCACAAAGUGCGGAUCGCGGAUUAGAUACGCUCAGUGGUGGACAGCAGCCGCAAGCUAGCUCGGGUGGUGGGAGACUCCAGAAGAAGUCUACUGGAAACGUCAGUCCACCGCCUGGUGACGGUACGAUCCCGGCAUCGAGAAGACGAAGGAGUACAGAAGCUGGAAGAGGCGAUCGGAGGGGCAUAGUCGAGCCAGACUUGUCGUGGCUCCCCGACCAGAGCCAGUUGGGUUAUAACCAACAACAGCCCGUCGCCUAUGGAGCGUCCUCUGCUUCGCAAGGUCAGCAAGGCUACACAUCGUAUCGGUGA